AUGGCCACGGCCGGGGGGUCGGAGGGGAGCGAGCAGGGAUGCGAGCCGGGAUGCAAGCAGGGAUGCGAGCCGGGAUGCAAGCAGGGAUGCGAGCACUACCGGCGGGGCUGCCGGCUGCGGGCACCGUGCUGCGGGAAGCUGUACCCGUGCCGGCUGUGCCACGACGCCGCCGAGCAGCACCAGCUGGACCGGUUCCGGGUGUCCGAGGUGCAGUGCAUCCGCUGCCGCCUCCUGCAGAAGGUCCAGCAGCGCUGCGAGGGCUGUGGCAACCUCUUUGGGGAGUACUACUGUGACAUCUGCCACCUGUUUGACCGUGACAAGAAGCAAUACCACUGCGAGGAGUGCGGCAUCUGCAGGAUUGGCCCCAAGGAGGAUUUCUUCCACUGCUCCAAGUGUAAUUUGUGCCUGAGCACAAAUCUCCAAGGGAAGCACAAGUGUAUUGAAAACGUCUCCAGGCAGGACUGCCCAAUAUGUUUGGAGGAUAUUCACACAUCUCGUGUUGGAGCCCACGUUCUGCCUUGUGGUCACCUUCUUCACAGAACAUGUUAUGAAGAAAUGCUGAAGGAAGGCUACAGGUGUCCUUUGUGCAUGCACUCAGCACUGGACAUGACCAGGUACUGGCGCCAGCUGGACAAUGAAGUGGCACAGACUCCCAUGCCCACGGAGUACCAGAACAUGAUGGUGGAGAUCCUUUGCAACGACUGCAGUGCCCGCUCCACGGUGCAGUUCCACCUCCUGGGCAUGAAGUGCCAGAGCUGUGAGUCGUACAACACCGCCCAGGACGGGCGGGGCCGGCUGUCCUUGGAGGAGCAGUGACCGGGAUACGCGCGGCGUUCGGCCGGACCGGGAACGCCGGGCCCUGGGAGAGACUGUCGUGCUAACGAAGCAGCUCUUGGCAGUAAGAAUUCCAGUAUUCCAGGUUCAAGGAGUCCUUUAUUGCGUCAGGGAGGAGGCAGAUGAGCAGCACGAGGAGAUGUGACCAGCAGCUGAUGCAGCAGCAGGAGGAGUUUUGGGGCAGCUGAAGGGGAAGGGAGGUGGAGAUGCAGCUCUCGGGGCUGCAGCUGCCAGGGAAAAUGGGUCACUUUGAGAGGCACCACCAUCCACAGGGUUGUGUGUGAGGACAUGCUGUUCCCUGGGAAUGAUGUGUGUGCCAGGACCCCGCAGCUAGCACUGCCCAGGGGCAGCGGGCAGGAGUGGCAUCCUUGGCUCCCUUCAUGCAUUGUCACCUGCGUGUACAGAAUUCCCUCGAAACAAGGGAAUUGUUGGCUGCCUACUGGGAUGAACAGCCAGAAGAUCCAGGUGCAAAGCCCCCCUUUUUCUCCUGGACCCCCGUCCUGACUCGCUGCUGUCCCUUCACUCACAUUCCUUUGUCAGCUGAAGCUUUUUUCCCCAUUUCUUCCUCAUGUUGCCGUGGCAAAGGCUGAGGUGCUGUAGGGUUUUUGACACAUACAUAGCUCAAUUUUGCUGGUUCAGGUACCCAAAGUGAAGCACAUCCUUCACAUCAGGCUGGGCCUGAGAUGUUCACUGAAAUAACAGCAGUCCAGAUGCAUUCCAAUAGUGCAGGAACCAAUUUUUUGUGUUUUUGGCAUUUGUUAAUGAUACAACUUCGCUGGGGGGAGAGAAUGGGGGGGCAAGAUACUGCCUUUUAAAAGAAACAAAAACCCCAACCACACCCUUCUUUAUGUAACGUCCUGCCUGAGGUGUUUUGCAGUCUUAAAUAUUGCAGAAAGUUCUUGAUUUCUGUGAAUUUCACAUGCAGAUACUUUACAGUAAUAAGAUACAAAAAAGGGUCAGUUACUCUUCGGAUUGCAUCUACUCAUUUUUAACUUGGUCUGUUGUAAAAUGAGCUUUUCUUAAUCCGACAGUGUUCCUUUCUCUAUGGAAUAUUUAGGAUUUGGAUGAUAGCUAUUGUAGCUUGCCUUGACUGGGGUAUCUUUUUCUGGAGCUCUUUUCUCACUGCUAUAAAUAAAUGUAAAAUAAGGUCUCUAUUAAAAUAAACAAAUGACA